AUGACUUCUGUUCCUGAGCAAGAUCUAGCACUUUUUGCUGACCAUUCGAUCCUCCCGGAUUCUUAUCUCAAGCUCAAGCCUUGUCAAUUGGGCACUAUUGCACAUGUGCAAGGUACGAGUCCAGCGUGGCUUGUUAGUUCGCUCAUCGAGAAUGCCAUCAUCGGAACUGCAACCACGACCAACAGAGACAUCAACAAAAAGAUUCCAAAUAGAUCGCAUGUUGUUUAUAUCUCCUUCACAAAUACCAAAAGCGUUGUGGUAAAGAAUUGCAAGAGAAAUGGCUUGAGUUUGGACACCGACAAAAAUUUCACUUUCCACGACUGUCUUACAGACCUCUUCACAAAGCAUAUCAAAGAUACUUCCAAAAGCAAAGAAGCAGUGCAAAAGUUUUUCGGUGACUUGAGGACUGCUAUUGAAAACAUAAGUCACGAACUGACCCUUAUCAUUCUCGAAAACCCUGAACUCCUUCUAGCAGCUACAGAUUUCGACUCCAACAGCUUGAUUUACUUCAUUCUGUCUUUACAAACUAUCAGCAAUUCUGUUUUUGUUAUCAUCAACGCUGAGCCUUCCCUCAUAGACUUUGAUAGCGUCUUGACUACGGAAGUUGUUCCUAAGGUUACGGAUUUCUUCGUCAAAUUACUACACAAAUCUUCCAUUAACGUGAACCUUCUGCCGUUAGCAACUGGCAGAGCUGAAGACAUCACAGGUUGUUUAACGAUUUCCAAGGGUGCUGUACCAUCCCCUACAGCUGUGGCUGAGAACGAAUUCAUCUACAAUGUUACUAAAGAAGGCAGUGUUAAACUCUUUUUCCGCUAA